AUAUGCAGUCAGGUCGGUGCAGGAAGAAUGAAGCGGCGGCGAUGAUCGUGGGAAGGAGACGAGACGAGGAGGAAGAAGAGGACGAGUAGGAAGAGGAUGCGAUGCAGGAGGAGUGAGAUCGACAACCGACAGCUUGCAGUGGAUGAGCAGUCCCCAGAGAGAACAUCACAUAUUGAGGUCGCUACUUCCCUGCUGACGCUCCUUUUGAUUUGACCUGCUUCCUACACCAACUUCUCCGUGAGGACGACAAGCCUCCUGCCUCUGUUAUCAGAGUCUCUGCUGAUUCUUCUUCUCCUUCUCCCUUCCACAUCAGGUCAUGCCAGCCAUGCUCAUGGCCGUCAGUUUCAUUCUUGCCUACCUGCUGCCGCUCGUCUCUUGCAAGCCAGGAGACGUCAUUCUCAACGUCAACUUCGUGCAACAGAACUGGUCGGUGUACAUGCCGAACGGGACACAGAAUCCAUACACGCUAGAACUAAAUGCUCGAGAUAAUGCGAUCAAGAUGAAAGAUGCUUGCAACUGCUCCUGGUGGUUCCAAACUCCCCAAGGGUCGCUGAACAAGUUCAAAGAGUCUGGUUACAACUCCACCCUCCGCUUUUCAAUUCAGAGUCUUGAAUGGUCGGGAGCUUUCAUUGAUGAUUAUGAUGUGAUCCUGAUACCAAACAAGAGGCUUCCAAACAUAGGGAUCAGAGGCGUGAGGGACGGGUCUCUUAUGUCAGGGGUGUAUGAUGUGCAGAUCAAUGAGUACCAACAAUGGCAAAUGAUUCCAAAGGUGAAUCGUUAUGGAAAGAUCACAACACCGAUCAACUACGUGGUUG